AUGAUUGUUGCUCUUGCAGUUGCCUGCUUCACCCUUGGGUUUGGUGCAGCCGUCCUUGCGGCCACUGACGACGGAAAAUACAACAAGGACAUCGCUAAACUAUUGAGCGCCAUCGGCCUGCCGUCCAACAUCAGCAGAUCCUUCACGAAAAGGAACGCCACGCCCGAGCCAUCGUCGAGGCAAGUUGGCGUCGACAAUUUACUCACCAAAGAGCAAGUGGAGAACGGGUUUGAGAAAUCCAGCUGGCAGGCAUUGGCCUACCAAGACUUUAAAGACGUCAUCGUCGCAAAAUCCAAUGGCAUGAAGACAUUCCCUUGCAUAUACGCAACCAUGGGGUAUCGUGCGGACGAACAUCGAUACAUUUUUCUAAACUCCGACGACCCAUCCGAACCACAGAACGUCCGCCUGAUUGCUCCUGCACUGAAAGAAUAUCUUGCCAUAUCACCGAGCUUGGGACCAAAUACCUCGCUGGUGAUAGUGUGCGCACCGUCUGAAAAAGAGAAAUCCGUCGAGGAUUACAACAACACCUUUUGGGGCAUGCUGAGAGGGCUGAGAAUUAUCGACUCAAAAUCGUGGCCCAGGAAUGUGCCAGAAUCGGUCGAGUCGGAGAAGUGGACGUUCUGCUUUGGUGGAGAGCCUGUAUUUCCUGUUAUGCUAACGCCUGCGCACAUGCAGAGGUGGUCGAGACACAUGUCCGUCCCAAUAAUUGCACUGCAACCGAAGUGGGUACUGGAUAAGUUACUAGCCACAGAUCAGAAGAGAGAGGCAGCUACCGGUAAAGUGAGGAAGCUGUUGAAGGAGUAUGAUCAGAUUGAGAUAAGUCCAGAUCUAACCUCUUAUGGUCAGCCAGGAACGAGCGAGGCUCGUCAGUUGUGCCUGCUGGAUAAGAAUGAGACGGCUGGUUGUCCUUUUGACAACCUCGACAGAUGA